AGUUUAGUUUUGACAUGUAUUUACAGUACACAGCUGCUUGUGGCCCAUAACUAAAAUUAGAUUUAUUUGUGUGCGCACGGUGUAUUGUGUGCGAUCGUCGGAUUCGCCGGUCUCUGCGAGACAAAAAUCAUACGAAAAAAAAAAACACAUUAAGCGCCGUGAAUAAAUCUAAAUUUAAACCAAGAGCAAAACAGUAAGAAUAGACGAAGCAUCGAUUGCGGUCGGUUGCCGUUGUGUGUGGUUCUUUUUUGAAUCAUUUCAUUUUUAGCUUGGUCUUUUUUGUAGCUGUGUAUUCAACGCAGAUUCGGAAAAUGUAUCAUUUUCUCCAUUGAAAAUCGCAAAAGUAUUGUCUCUCUCACUCACACUCACUUGUACUGAUCGAGCGAAAUUCAACAAAGAGCAAAUAUUUAAUUCGAUAAAUAUUUGAAAACCAAAGCGAACGACGACGACGAAAUUUUGCAGUACAAAAUGGAUCCAGAGGCAUUUUUGGAUAUGGCCAAUCAGGUCAUUAAAUUGAAAAUGUUCCCGUAUUUUGACAUUGCUCACAGUUUGUUGUGUGCAUUAGCGGUGCGAGAAGAUUUAGGUCCUGGAGCGAUUGCAUUCUCACGAAAACAUCCAUUGGCUUGCUGGUUGUCAACGAUGUUGGUCAUUUUUGCUGGUGGUAUGGUGGCUAACGGGCUAUUGGGCGAACCCGUUUUGGCACCUCUUAAGAACUCACCACAAUUGUACGUAGCCACAAUUGUAUGGUAUAUCGUCUUUUAUACACCACUCGAUAUUGGAUACCAGGUUGCCAAAUUUUUGCCCGUCAAAGUGAUUGCAUGCGCCAUGAAGGAAAUUUAUCGAUGCAAGAAGAUUCAUGACGGAGUAUCACAUGCCGCAAAAUUGUAUCCAAAUGCUUAUGUUAUCAUGAUAAUCAUUGGAACGUUGAAGGGAAAUGGUGCCGGAUUUACGAAAUUAAUCGAACGAUUGAUUCGUGGUGCUUGGACACCGACUGCAAUGGAAUUUAUGCAACCAACAUUCUACACAAAAGCAUCUGUUGUUGCAUCAAUCAUUUUUGUAUUGGACAAAAAGACCGAAUUAAUUUCGGCACCGCAUGCAUUGGUGUACUUCGGCAUUGUCAUUUUCUUGGUUUACUUUAAAUUGUCGUCGAUUUUAUUGGGCAUUCACGAUCCAUUUGUGCCAUUUGAAAACUUAUCGUGUGCUCUAUUCUUCGGCGGUAUCUGGGACAGUUUGGCCAAAAUUGUGGGACGUGGCCAAGCCAAAGAAGAACCAAAAGAUGCAAAGAAAUUGAACUAAUCCGUUUCCGAUCCACUAUUUAUCCAGUUUUAAGUUACCUUCCACCUAGUCACCAAACAACACACACGCUUGACACAGAAACGGUUUUUCCUUCUUCAUUGGACGAGCAGCUAUCACCAUUUCAUUUUAAAAUUUACACAACAUAAUUUGACGAAAAUUGGUUUACAAAACCAAGAACAAAGCAUAAUCGACAAACCAAAAAGAGAAGCUUAAUGCUUUCAAACUACGUUUCACAUUGAGCUAAUAAGCGCGAAAUAUUCUGUUGAUGCUAAACAUACUGUGGGUGGUAUUUAGUUUGGCAUUGUAUUCACAAUAUUUCGACUGUAUGCAGCUACGGACACACAAAAAUUCAUUUUGACCAAGUAUUACAUAAGUUUCAUAUGACGACUCUUCAAUUCGCAAAACUUGUUUCUCUGUUGUUUUUGACGAUUGAAUUGAAUUCUUUUUAAGCAUCGCCCGCCUUAAGUGUGAACAAUUUUACAGGCAAACUUAGCGAUAUGUAUCAUGAAGCACACAAGAGCUACCAUACGUAUAACACGAAAAAUAUGUUCAACUUAUGACUUUAAAUUUAGUGAUUAAAAAUAAAAAUUUUGUGUUUUUUUUACGAUUGAUAACAACAAAA